GGCUUCUUGUCAGUCCGGUCGCUUGAUAUUCGCGUGUCAAACGUUGGUAAAACUAGUAACGGUUUGACGACAGUAAAAGUAAUGGAAAAUAGACGAUGAAGAAACAGGCCGAAGAAAUCGAGACAUAACGUAUACACGUGUAAGAAGGAUUGUUGCUUUUUUUUUCAAAUCGUCGAGAAAUCGUGACUUAUACGACGUGAUCGGAUCGCGUUGAAGAUGCGGCAAAAGUUAUUGAGAAUUGCGGCGUCUCCUUUUAACGGCACUAAAGUUCAUAUCGUUGACAUCGAUAAGCUCCGAUGUACGAAUAUGCAAAGGGAUCACAAGGCUCCCAUGUGCAUGACAUUUUAAGGAACAUGGAUUGUAAAUACCAGUGAGGACGGCUACGUCGGCUUCCUAGUGCUGAACACGUUGUCCCAAGAGGCAGCGCUGUGUGUCGAACGGCUGUCGUCGUUACGACCAGCAUAUCUGAUUAAGAAGGCCGCCGUUAAUUGGAAACUCGUGAACCUUCGCGUGUGACAGCUUUGUUAUUUGCUUCAGAAGUGCGGGGAACGUCGUUAGAGAAAAGCGCGAACGGAUUGAAUGGAAAGAAAAGGGUUGUCGCGUCUGCUGGGAAGGACGAGGAAAUAAAAGUGAAAGAGGAUCUUGAGAAGAGUAUAGACAAAGGGACAAGAAGUUGAAUCUUUUUUAUCUAACUGACAAGUGAAUUGCGGUGAAGUGAAUUGUGGAAAAAAUGCUGUUUCAAUUGAUCGCUGUUCUUCUCACAGUAUUUGAUGCGUGCUCAGUUCAAGGCUAUACGUUUCGUGAACUGGACAUUACGGGCAAUGCCAUCGUGAACUCCCACAACGUCAGCGAUUCGCCCUACUUCGAAUUCCACGUGCCCCGCAAUGUGACAGCUGCGGUCGGACAAACGGCUUUCUUACAUUGCAGAGUGAACCAGCUCGGCGACAAAGCGGUUUCUUGGAUACGUAAGAGGGAUCUACACAUCCUCACUGUUGGCAUCUUCACGUACACGUCGGAUCAGAGAUUUCAGGUGAUCCGACCGGAUAAAUCGGAAAACUGGACGCUGCAGAUAAAAUUCCCACAGGAAAGGGAUUCCGGCAUCUACGAAUGUCAAGUCAACACGGAACCAAAAAUGUCACUGAGCUACAGACUCAACGUGGUCGAGGCACGAGCUAGAAUUAUCGGUCCUGCCGACAUUUACGUUAAAACUGGCAGCCUGCUGACACUGACGUGCCUAAUGUCACAGGGGCCCCACGACUUGGGUACAGUAGCGUGGUACCACGGUGGUCAGCCGGUCAUUACGUCUCCCCAUACGGAAAACGAUGCUGACUCGCAGCCGCGAGUCACCGUCGAGACGGAAUGGAGCGACGCCCUUACGUCGAGAUUGAGAAUCACCCACGCGAAACCAGCUGAUUCGGGAAAUUACAGUUGUGUCCCAACGAUCGCCGAAAGAGCUAGCGUCAACGUACACGUCAUCAACGGCGAACAUCCAGCAGCUAUGCAGCACGGAAGCACAGCAGCAGGAUCACCUACGUCGAGAACGGUCCUGGUCACGCUCGCCUUUUUACUUGGCCAACUGAGAUAAUGUGUGAUAUCUUUAAUGAGGAGAGAGAGAGCUAAUCGCCAAUCCAUUGAAUAUACCGGGUGUCUCGAUCGCGAUUAACGAAUCAGACGGAUCGAGAGAGAAGAAAAUAUAUAAAUCGUUUCGGCCCUUUUUAUAUCUGAUUUUCAAAAAAAAAAAAAAAAAAAAAAUUUCAAAAACGAAUUUCCCACGGUCACGUGA